GUUGUAUUGUUAACCGUAUUCUCUAAUGUCGCCGGUAGCUGGAGAGAGCAGACAGGCGGCCAUCAUGAAUCAGCGAGAGCAGAUGGAGCAGCAGUGCCAGUGGAGGAUCACAGUGUGGGAAGAGGAAAACUUCCAGGGCAAGCGCUGUGAGUUCAGACUGGAGUGCCCCAAUAUUCUGGACAGGGACUUCCAAAAGAUCCGCUCUAUCAAGGUGGACAACGGCCCCUGGGUUGGUUAUGAGUACCCAGAGUAUCAGGGUCAGCAGUUCAUCCUGGAGAAGGGAGAUUAUCCUUGCUAUCAGGCCUGGAGCGGAAACAGCAGCUACCGUACUGAACACAUGCUUUCCUUCAGACCCAUCAAAUGUGCUAACCACAGUGACAGUAAAAUUACCAUGUAUGAGUGUGAGGACAUGAUGGGACGCAAGUUCGAGAUGUGCGAUGACUACCCCUCUCUUAUGGCCAUGGGCUGGUGCAGUAAGGAGGUUCCUUCUAUCAAAGUCAACUCUGGAGCCUGGGUGGGUUACCAGUUUCCAGGUUACCGCGGAUACCAGUAUAUCUUUGAGAGAGACAGACGUCAGGGAGAGUACAGGAAAUAUUACGAGUUCGGCACCCAGGCCCACAGCAACCAGAUCCAAUCAAUGCGCAGAAUUCAGCACUAACUCCGCCCCCGCUCUUCUCCUAUUGGCUACUCUGUAUCAAGUGACAGUAUUAUAAUACAUGAGACUAAGUAGGCAAUAAAUGCUUUUCAAACUCCAGACAAAAAGAGUGUGCUUGUCGCCAUUCCUUUAAUUUACCAAACCAGGAAAUGUCAAAACUGGAGUGUUUUU